GAAGGCUUGACUUGUUAGCACUCUGACUAUUUGUUACUGAUGGGUUGGGUGGGAUGGUGACGUGCAGAUGGACAUGCAAGGACAAUGAGUGCCUACCUACCUAUCUAAGGGGCACUCCAAUGAAAGGGUGUUACCAAGUCAUCCAUUUAGUGAAUAUCAUGUGAAUCGGUUGCCUCCAGAAGCAUUUGACUAUUCACUAACCAUCAUACAAUUCCUUCCUUUGCCGUGUUUCAGCCAUGGCAAGCUGCAAGGGACGAAUAAUACACUGGGCUGUCGGUAGCAGUUAUGCGACCGCGGGGCCGCUCCCGGGCCAAAAAAAAAAAAAAAAAUUAAGGGAUCUGGAUACUCGACUGGCCUUGAAAGUCUAGACUGAAUCAUACAAAGAAAACUGUCCGCCAUUGUCACUCUUUGCUUUUGUUUCUCCUCUACGCUUUCUCCUUUUCGCUUGGCUCAUUCUCCUUUUCCCUGACGUGUAACAACCCAUUUCUCUAGCGAUGUCUGACGACGAGGUUGACACCGAACUCUUGGAACUCCUCCGCCAACACCUUCAGGGGAAGAUCGAUAUCCAGGAGGAGCCCGAGACAGGCGUCCUCGAGAGCGCUGAAUAUGUCUACGACAGUUGCAUUGAUGUUGCCGUUGACAUGCGUGCCUCUAAAAAGGCAGCGGAGAGCAUUUACGAGCAAAUGCAACAGAAGAGUUACUCAACUGCCACCUGGUCAGAGCAUGAACUUCACCCCAAGGCCAAGGACGAAACUACUGUCAACUUCAUUUUUACUAUGGACUUGCUAAACUUUUCUUUCUGGUCUGAGCUGCCUGAUGAUGAACGCUUUGCUAUUGAGUAUCGCGGGAAGAGAUGGACUGGUUAUUGGAGUUUGGUGGCAGCUCUCCAAAGAGCAAUUGAUGAAGGCAUUCCUAUCACAGAUCCUUUCUACUGGAAGAACGAAGAAGAGUGUACCCUGGAAUCCCUCACACAUGUUUUCCGGUCAUGCACAGAAGAGGAAAUUCCCCUCCUUGAGGAACGCUUAGACUGCCUCCGAGAAGCUGGCCAGGUUCUCUUUAAGCACUACGAUGGCUCUGUUGCAGAGCUCAUUUACGCUGCUGACGGUUCUGCGGCACGCCUGGUGAAUUUGCUGGCGCAGGAUUUUGACUGCUUCCGUGAUGAGCAUCGUUUCGAGGAUGGCAAGAUGAUUCGGUUGAUGAAGAGAGCACAAAUCCUCGUUGCGGAUCUUUGGGCAUGCUUCAACGGCGCGUCAUACGGCGAAUUUCGAGACAUCGAUAAGAUCACCAUGUUUGCAGAUUAUCGUAUCCCUCAAAUUUUGAUGACUAUGGGCGCCUUGUAUUGUUCUCCAACAGUUGCAGCUGCCAUUAAGGACAAGAAGAUGAUAGAGAGCGGAUGUUCAUGGGAGCUACAAAUACGAGCUUGCAGUAUCUGGUGUGUUGAGCUGAUUCGACGAGAGAUUCUGCGUCAACACCCUGACGCUCAUGUCAACGCCAUCCUAAUAGACUUUUUCCUCUAUGACAGUAUGAAGGAACUAGAAGCGGCGGGUAAGGAGCCCAUUCCGCAUCAUCGGACAAGGAGUAUUUGGUACUAGAUGGAGGCCGCGAGGCCUGUUCCCUCUAGAUUUUUUGUGUGUUUUGAGAGCCAAGUUUAGAUCAUAGAUUUCUUAUUCGGCGGGCUUUAUGCGCUUAUCGAAUAAUUGAGACAGCAAAUAAAGCCACACCGGCACCUGAAUAUCAUUCCCUCAAACACCUUACUCCGUAAACAGCCUCUGGUGACCAAAUAACAGGCGGAGACAUUUCAGGCCCCUACAGCAGUUGAAUUGAGGAUCUCAUCCAUGUGAGCCGUUUCGACUUUAUCGUUACCCUUGCUUUCUUCCUUGAGAAGAACAGCGAGGACUUCAACCGGAGGGUUGAGACCCAGACGUUCAGCUCGUUUCCAACGCUUGAUGCGAGGCAUGCCUAUACAGGGCUGUGCGGAUUAGCUACGGCGAAUCCAUGAUAGCUCAAGCUGACUUACACCAUAUUGUGAGCUGACAUCGAAAUACCGAAGAACCUUCUCACUCAAAGAUACACCUUGCUGGUGCAAUCGCGGCGUAGUCCAUUGGUCUUCAAUGGACUUCCAGUACUUCUUGAUCUGUGCGUCUGUGACUUUCUCUGCUUGCAGCUCCAAUUCAGACUUCGCAGGUUCUGGGACUACCUCAGUCUCUGUCGCUGCCUCAACUUCUUCUUCCUUAUCAACUUCUAUGGACUCAUGGUCGUUGACAACAAUAUCUUCAACUUCACGCUGUGUAGCAUGCUGGCUGGGGUCGAGCUUUGUGAUAGAAGCAGAGAUGGCAGACUUCUUGGCGCUUUUGGGUACUGGUUUGGUGACUUUGUUUGAGAAACUCAGAGUAGACUGUCCCUUGGCUGGCGGGCCCCUGCUGCGAGUGCUGGCAGCGGAUCGUCGAGUUGUGGGCAUAGUGGGCUCAGCUCCUAAAACGAGAUGGCGCUGCUGAAUGCUGAGGAUGACGCUUGAUGAAUUGUAAGUGAAAUCUAUAGAGCUGUAAACAGGCGCUGGCUGGGGCUGAAGAGUAAAACAAGUUGCAAGCUUAACGGUUAACGUUGAGAGAACGGAUGCUUUAUGGUGAGUGAUGAUGAUCGAAAUGUGAGGUCGUUUAUUGAACACAGGCACAGGGUCAGCGACUAGGUUGGGUGGCUCUAAUGGGAAGGCUGGAAGGG